GAGAGCUGCAAGUGAUUUACAGCUCUGCACGGGGACAGACACACUGACUGUUGUAACAACACGACACCAGCAACUCCCGGGCUGUUAGCAGAGCGAAUUCAAACAGAAGACAGUCGGUGGCAAAGCCAUCUCUGUUUUUUUUUCUCUUUUUUUCUUUUUGGUUUUUUUUUUUUUUACUUUCUGGGGAGUUGGAUGAUUAUUUUUUAAGAGUGGAGGGGGAAAAUCAAUCCCCUCCCCCAAACCAAACCCACACCCCCCUUCCCCAGAAGGCUGCUCUGACCCUCCAGGUAGCAGGGGAGUUGGGUCUCCAGGUUGAGAGUUGGACCAAAUGAUGACCGCCAAGACCGUAGACAAAAUCCCAGUAACUCUCAGUGGUUUUGUGCACCAGCUCUCGGACAGCAUCUAUCCCGUGGAGGACCUCGCCGCUACCUCGGUGACCAUCUUCCCCAAUGCCGAUCUAGGACCCUUUGACCAGAUGAACGGGGUGACCGGAGAUGGCAUGAUCAACAUUGACAUGACCGGCGAGAAGAGGGCCCUGGACCUGCCUUACCCCAGCGGCUUUGCCCCCGUGUCGGCGCCCCGCAACCAGACCUUCACCUACAUGGGCAAGUUCUCCAUCGACCCCCAGUACCCCGGUGCCAGCUGCUACCCAGAGGGCAUCAUCAACAUCGUCAGCGCGGGCAUCCUGCAGGGGGUGGCCCCGCCGGCCUCGGCGGCCCCGUCGGGCGGCUCUGCGGCCUCCCCGAGCGCCCUGGCCGCCGGGCCCCUCGGGGUGUGCGCCAUGGCCCAGGGCCAGGCCGACUUGGACCACCUGUACUCUCCGCCCCCUCCUCCUCCUCCUCCUCCGCCGCCGCCUCCUCCUCCUCCUCCCUACUCGGGCUGCUCGGGAGACCUGUACCAGGACCCCUCGGCCUUCCUGUCGGCCGCCUCCUCGUCUGCGGCCUCGUCGUCGCUGGCCUACCCCCCGCCCCCGUCCUACCCGUCCCCCAAGGCGGCCGCCGACCCGGGGCUCUUCCCCCUCAUCCCCGACUACCCGGGCUUCUUCCCCGCCCAGUGCCAGCGGGACCCGCACGGGCCGGCCGACCGCAAGCCCUUCCCCUGCCCCCUGGACUCCCUGCGGGUCCCGCCCCCGCUGACCCCGCUGUCCACCAUCCGCAACUUCAACCUCAGCGGGCCGGGCGCGGGGCCGGGCGGCGGCGAGGGCUCCCGCCUGCCGGGCGGCGGCCCCGUGUCCGUGUCGUCGUCGUCGUCGUCGUCGUCGUCGGCCUACAACCCGCACCACCUGCCGCUGCGGCCCAUCCUGCGGCCCCGCAAAUACCCCAACCGGCCCAGCAAGACGCCGGUGCACGAGCGGCCCUACCCCUGCCCGGCCGAGGGCUGCGACCGCCGCUUCAGCCGCUCGGACGAGCUGACCCGCCACAUCCGCAUCCACACGGGCCACAAGCCCUUCCAGUGCCGCAUCUGCAUGCGCAACUUCAGCCGCAGCGACCACUUGACCACCCACAUCCGCACCCACACGGGCGAGAAGCCCUUCGCCUGCGACUACUGCGGGAGGAAGUUUGCGCGCAGCGAUGAGAGGAAGCGGCACACCAAGAUCCACCUGCGGCAGAAGGAGAGGAAGGGCGGCGGCGGCGCCCCUGCCUCCGCCUCCGUGGCACCCGGGUCCGUCGCCGCCGCCGCCGCCGCCGCCGCCGGCCAGUCCUGCGAGCGGCCCUCGGCGGCGGGGCUGCAGCCCGGCCCGGGGACCCUGGUCAACGUUCCUCGGCUCAAUUUAAAGGAUCCCCAGAGGGAUUUCACCGCCCGUAUGCGGGCAACGCACUCCUUCACCAGCUCCCCCUGCCAACGUACAGACAAGCUAUUGUAUCUUCCUACCGACUGGUUUGGCCACCCCCAUCAGAAGCAGAUACAGGAGUUCUUCAUGAGGGAUCAAACGGUUCGUGGCGAUUCAACUGCAAAUGAAAUUGCGCUCUUUACUGUAUUCCUGCAAAAAGGUGACAGGUUAGGAAAACGCAUGCAGAAACAUCGACCUAGUCCUCUUCCAAACCACUUUUCAAAAAGGGAGGCAACUACAGAGACGGGGGAGGCUCGGCCGCUUCGCGUGGCAGCGGUGGCCUCGAUGGGUCACCGGGAGAACAAAGACAAAAAGGCAGCGGGUGGCCCCUCCCGUCGCUCCUGCUCACUUGUGCCUCUCUCCCCGGCCGGCAGCGCGGUUAAAAACAAAAUAAUCAUCAAAAAAAAACCCAACAAGAAGUCGGCGCAGGUUGCCGGUUGGAAUUCCACCAAAUCCUCAGGGAAAUCCUGUCCGCUGGGAGGGGGGGGCUGCAGAAGAGGCCGCUUCAUCCACCUCCCUCGCUUGGUCUCCGUGUCUAGGCCCAACUUUUCGCGCAGUCCUUCAGGCCAGGGGGGCCCUACGGUUUCGAGAAUUGGGGGGGAGAAGAUGCCAACCGUCUGCCAAUAA